UCUUAAGAAAAAUUCAAUUUUCUCACGGGAAAAGAAACAUAAACAUAUAGAAAAAAAACAAAACUUCGUACGGUCGUAUCUGUAUUUUUUGUCCGCACUUGUUUCGGUCACUAAUUUCAUAAUUUCGGAGAAAAAAAUCCACAAAAGUUUCAAACUUUUGGCAAAUUAAGCGGUUUUUGUUAGGUUUUAAUUAUUUUUUCCGAUGAUGAAGCGGCGAUGAGUGUCGUCGUCGGAGAUAGAUCGGAGAGUACUCUGAUGCGGAGUGACUAUAAAGCUCCUCCGAGUCAAGCUAUUCCCAAAGCUCGAUUACAAGUUUGGUUCUUUAGAGUUUGUUCUUGCAUUUUGGUUUGGACUUGUUUGAUUCAGCUCUUUUGGCAUUCCCAAAUCUUCACUGGUUUAACCAAUCACAUUUCUAGAUUCUCUCUCCCGGUUCAGUCAGUUCCAUUACCUCCUCCUCUUCCUCCAAGGAAUUACACAAGUAAUGGAAUUUUACUAGUGUCCUGUAAUGGCGGUUUGAAUCAAAUGCGUGCAGCGAUUUGUGAUAUGGUGACUGUUGCUAGGCUAUUGAAUUUGACUCUUGUUGUUCCUGAGCUUGAUAAAAAAUCAUUCUGGGCUGAUACAAGGUAUAUGUUUGUGUCUCAUGUCAAUGAUCCUACAAGAUUUGUUUGUAGUUUAAAGCAUUCUUUUGUUUCUUCCUUUUACAGUGACUUUGAGGACAUUUUUGAUAUAAAGCAUUUCAUUGAUUCGUUAAGAGAUGAAGUUAGGAUCAUAAGGAGACUUCCUAAACGGUAUAGUAAGAAGUAUGGAUUCAAAUUGUUCGAAAUGCCGCCUGUGAGCUGGUCCAACGACAAAUAUUACUUGCAACAGGUAUUGCCGCGGUUUAGUAAACGUAAAGUUAUACAUUUCGUUCGGAGUGAUACGCGAUUGGCGAACAAUGGUCUUUCUCUUGACCUUCAAAGGCUGAGAUGCCGAGUGAAUUUCCAAGGACUGAGAUUCACUCCACGGAUUGAGGCUUUGGGAUCAAAGUUAGUUCGGAUUCUUCAACAAAGAGGGUCUUUUGUGGCUUUGCAUUUGAGAUAUGAGAUGGACAUGUUGGCUUUCUCUGGUUGCACUCAUGGUUGUACCGAUGAAGAAGCUGAAGAACUCAAAAAGAUGAGGUAUGCAUAUCCAUGGUGGAGAGAGAAAGAGAUAGUUUCAGAAGAAAGGAGAGUGCAAGGACUGUGUCCUUUGACACCGGAGGAGGCGGUUUUGGUUCUUAAAGCAUUGGGGUUUCAAAAGGAUACACAGAUAUACAUUGCAGCUGGUGAGAUUUUUGGUGGUGCAAAGAGAUUAGCCCUUCUAAAGGAAUCAUUUCCACGAAUUGUGAAAAAGGAAAUGCUAUUAGAUCCAACAGAAUUGCAACAGUUUCAGAACCAUUCAUCUCAAAUGGCAGCUCUAGAUUUCAUAGUAUCUGUAGCCAGCAACACUUUUAUUCCUACCUAUUAUGGAAACAUGGCAAAAGUUGUCGAAGGUCAUCGGAGGUACCUUGGGUUUAAGAAAACAAUCUUGCUAGACCGGAAGAGACUUGUGGAGCUUUUAGACUUGCAUAACAACAAAACGCUCUCUUGGGAUCAGUUUGCAGUAGCUGUCAAGGAUGCCCAUCAAGGACGACGAAUGGGAGAACCAACACAUCGGAAAGUUAUCUCCGUUAGACCGAAGGAAGAAGAUUACUUCUAUGCCAAUCCUCAAGAAUGUAUCAGUUAAAAUGAUAUAGAUCACUAACCACUAGAGCAGGAUUUGAUUAGUUCUUGUUUCUUUCUUUGUUUAUAGACCUUUUUCAGUUUCUGUAAAGUAAGAUGAAGCUAAAAAGAUUGUGUCAUCGUUGUACCAAGAAUUGGUAUGAUAAUAAAAUCAGGUUUAGUUAC